GGGGCGGGACCUGGCGGCGGCGGCGGCGGCGUCGUGGUCGCGGGUCGGCGGCUCCGGGACUCGCGGCCGCCCAGCGCCAGCCCCAGCCCCAGCCCCGCGCCCGGUGGGCGGGGCCGGGAGCAGGACCGGGAGCGGGAGCGGUGGCCGUGCUCCGUCCUUCGUCCCGCGGCGGGAGCUGCUGCCGGAGGGCAGGUGUGCGAAUCAACCUAUCAUCACGGAAUCGUCACUUUUAUCAUACUGACUUGACAACGGUUGGAUGCCAGCUCGUGUCAACACCAGAUUGAGGUGCUCCUAAUCAACCAGAUCUUUUGGGAAUUUUUUAAAAGAAACUUUGGUGGGUAAAAGAUGUGCCAUGGAAUGGUAGCACCAAAGAGCAACACAGGAUCGUCUCUUGCCUUGACCGGCCAUGGGUUAUUUCUUCUGCUAGUUAUCUUUGGUACCUGUGUCUUGGAAGCACAGGCCACAGGUUGGCUCAGCAAGUCCAAAGGACCUACAUAUUGUCCCCAGCCACCACAGCCUGAGAAUGGAGGCUACAAAUGCCACCCUAGUCCCUGCAAUGACCCCCUGACUUCGGGCAGCGUCAUAGAGUACCUGUGUGUUGAAGGCUACAUGCUGAAAGGAGACUACAAAUACCUGACCUGUAAGAAUGGAGAGUGGAACCCCGCCAUGGAAGUCAGCUGCAGGCUCAGCCCGGAAAAGGACUCCCCGCCGACAAUCGGAGUACCCACGCUAUCCAUAGUAGCCUCCACAGCAAGCUCUGUCGCCCUGAUUCUUCUCUUAGUUGUGCUGUUUGUUUUGCUGCAGCCGAAGCUGAAGUCGUUCCAUCACAGCAGGCGAGACCAAGGAGUGUCUGGGGACCAGGUCUCUAUCAUGGUGGAUGGUGUCCAAGUGGCCUUGCCAUCCUACGAAGAAGCAGUGUAUGGCAGCACAGGGAACUGCAUUCCACCCUCGGACUCCCGGGUGCAGAUUGUGCUGUCCGAAGGAGCUGGGCAGAAUGGAGCCAGAGAGAUGCAGCAGCAGGACCAAGGGGCUCGCAACGGCCUUGACAGAGAAGAUGAGGCCCCCGGACAGUCUGGACUGUGUGAAGCCAGUGGCUCUCAGCGCUCUGAAACUGUUCUUGUGCAUCAGGCUGCUACCUCUUCCUGGGUAGCUGGCAUGGCUAGCAGUAGACCUGUACAGAAAGAACUCCAGGAUUCAGAAAGCAGCGACAUACAGAGCCUUCUAUCACUCACUUCCUCUGAGGAAUACACAGAUGAUAUUCCCUUGUUGAAGGAAGCAUGAGGCCUGCUGUAUUUGCCUAGCCUUCUCCCUCUUGGAUUUCUUCCUCCUCCCUUCCCCUGCCUUUGGGACAGAAGCACUCUGUGCAGCCUUCCCCAUCCUCGCGAGCUGUGCCCUGGAUACCUCCAAGCAGAGACGCCCUCAGCUGAAGAUCCAAAGGAUGUCACCAGGUUGCCUCCUGGAUGCACCAGUGGGGCUGGUGCAGCGCUGGCUUCCCCAUUCCAUCUGCAUCAGGGGCUCAAGGAACGUAGCGGAUUUGAGCUCUCCUCUCCUUUUUCCCAGCCAGAUGUUUGACAGCAGUCUCUGAGAAGAGCUGCUCUUUUCUUGUGCCUUUCUCCUCCUCACACCGGCUUGUUGCAGCUUAUCAGCCUCUCUAGCCCUCCUGCUGCCCAGAGAGGGGCUAAAACCGCUUGCUCCCUGGGUGCAGACAGUUUAUAUAUAGGUAUAUAUGUUAUAUGCUCUUCUUCCAGCAUUCUCUCUGUAAUAGGGCAGGACAACAUGCCUCACUGGGACUGACGCUGGGCUUGGGAGGGAUUCCAGUUAAGGGGCAGCCUGUAAUGCCUAGAAGUGUCUCGGAUGAGAUGGGCCAUGAGGCAGCGUAGCUGUGCAAUAACAGUUGGGAAUUGCUAGAGCACCGAAAGCUGUGAAGUCCAACGUGUAGGAAUGCCCUCUGCCCUCUUCCCAACAAACAGCUCUGCAAGAGUCUGCUCCUGAAAAUCACUUCUGCCUCUUCUACAUGUGUAGCCCAGCUGGUUAUGCUGUGUUCCUGGAAGCCGUGACUGGGACUGUACUGUCGAUGAAACAGCCCUUUCGGCUUUGGUCCUGUGCCAGAGUAGCUCCUGAUGUUAAGAUUGUUGGGAGAGCCUUGGAGAAAGGACAGUGGUUCACAGGGUCCAGAAAGGGCUUUCUGUGAGUUGGUUGCAUUCACUUAGGCAUCAGGGCUGGAACCAAAUCUGUGGCCCCGCUCUGAACAAACCCAUUUCCAAUUGGCUUUCCCCGUUAAGGUUGUUCUGCACUAACGCUUAGGUUCCUUUGGUCAUUCCUGCAGGCAGAGGUGAUGCUUUCAGAUGUGGGCUGGAGGCAGUUCACAUGUUCACAGCUGUCGAGAGAAAAAUGCCCAUAGGUGGUGAACACUUUGUGCCACUGGUGCAAUCCCAAAUUACCUUCCCAGUCACCCCAGGGACUUUGUUCCUCACAUCCUGGGUACCUGCCACCUACGAGGCUGAUGUGUCUUCCUAGCUCCAUAGCAAGAGUCUGCUGUUUUGUCCUAAUGGGCUUCAGCGGGCCUGCACAGGAGGGCUUCUUUGUUGUGUGGUUGGGGCACGGCCACAUCCACAAAGUGUCUCCUGAACACAACGCAGCCGCCCAUUGCUGCCAGUAGUGCCCAGGGACACCACAGCUGAAUCCUGAACGUAAAUUUUAAAGACUGCUUUAAGUUCUUGCAGCAGGGGAAACAAAAUACAAAAAUACGUAUACCUCUGCCCCCAACAGUUCUCUGUCAGAAUACCCUGGUGGCUGUUACCAGGACUUCAUUUCUGCAGGACACCAAGUUCAUCUGGGGUGGGUGAUCCGGUCACAAAAGCAUGGAAGCUGUAGGGUUCUUCAGAGGGGUUGUCUGGAAACUGGGUUGCAUGGAAUUGGUUUCAGCAAGAAGAGCUGGCUUCUUAAAGGCAGGUGCUUUGUCAUGGCUGUCUCAAAGCAACCAGGAGAGUGCCCUGUGAGAAGCUGCUACAUUUUUCAUUUGAGUUGAAGGAGCAAAAUGUCAUGGCCUUACACAUCGUGUGGUAAUUUACAGGUAAACAGGGAUACUCCCUUUGCUGCUUUGCUUUUGUUUUCUGACCCUUCCUAUCCUCAUCCUUGUUGCUCCACAAAUAUGUUGCCAGAGCACUUGGUAGCAGUGACACAACACCUUUAAAAGAAAUAAAUAAUCACUGCGGCUCAGCUCCAGUUCCAGGAAAUGGUGAUUGGCCGUGGUGUCCAGCCAUGCACCUGCUGCUCCUGUUCCUGAGGAGCUGUUUAAUCCUAGGACAGCUGGGACGGCACGUGCAUGUGGAUGGAAGACUCCUAUUUUCCCCAUCCCUGUUUAGAGGGAUAUUAAUAAUUUAAAAAAGGCAGCAUUUUAAACUCCCUUCCCUGUUGCUCACAUUAUCUUGCAUUAACAAGAAUUUGGCAAAUCCAGUUUGGGUAUUUUUUUGUUCAGUUGGGGUGAUGAAAAUCCCAUGUUGUUCUACAAUGGGCUGUCGUGUUUCGAGUUCAAGCACUGUAGAGGGCAAAUGUUUACAGGUCUGUUAUUGGAAUUUUAGAAAACGAGCAUGGGAAUGUUCCCAUUUAGUUUUUAACUCCUACCUUAAAAAUGUUCUGAGCUUGAGCAAAUUGUCUUAUUCACUGGUUUUAUCAGGGCAUAUGGAGAGACUGAGCGAGUAUGCAAGGCUGAGGGAAAGAGUAUGGGACUUUUUUUCCUGCUACCUAACCAGCUCCAAGUAGGACUUGCUUGUUAUGUAUUUAAGGUCCUGCCUCCUGAAACUGACCCUGAGCAAUCAGGGUGUACAAGUCAGGUGCAUGCUGUCUGCCUGCAGGGAGCCGUCCUUUACCCCAGUACCACCUUGGUGAAAGAAUCCCGUAAUGAAGCUGGAAGCUGAUCCCAAGCCCGACCUUGCCCUGGACGAGUGCCUGUUCAGCUAGCAGGAGGCGUGCACUGUGUGGUCCUGCCUCUGCUCCCUGCUGUAGGAAAGUAAGCAGCUGCCAGGUGGGGAGAAAAAAAAGGGUUUGGGUGGGGAAGGGAAGGCAGCUGCACAGAAGAGGGAGCGCUUUAAUUUUCUUUCACUCCAAGAAAUUAUGGGAAAAGAACUCACUAAGAGGAAAAAAACAAAUGUGGAGGUGGAGGGAAGCACGCAAGCAUCAGUCUUGUGAUCAGGCAUAAAUAGUCAGCUUCUGCUGGCUUGUAAGAGGGUGAAAGAGCAGCUCCCAGGCAGGGCUGCCUGCCGUGCUGGGAGCCCCAGCUGCCUGCCAGCGUAAGACAGAGCAUGGAAAGGGCUUUGGGGUUACUGCAUCCAGCUUGCGAGUUUGCUUCCUUAUCAGAUAAGGUAGCAUGGCUAGGGGAGUAAGCUAGGACUGUGUUGUCUGCUUGAUGUCUUUUUCUCAAAGAGGAGUGAAGACUCACUUUGUUUACUGAUUAGCAAGUGAUUGCUGCUUGGGUUUGCUUUUAUUCUGCGGAGGCUGGAGGACUGGGGAGUCCUCAGGGCAGAGACUUAGGAAGAUGAACCAAAUUGCACAGCCCUGCCUUUACUUAUUUAUGGUGGGAGCAGGGACCUAGACUCAGAGAUCCCUCAUUCUGAGCUCUGCCCCCCCAGGAAGGUUCCUUGCCUCUGAGCAGGGUGAGCCUUGUGGGCAGGGGUCACGGGUGGGUGCAGCCUGGAUCUCCUCCAGGUGGAUGGGGAGUGGGGGGGAUUUAGCCUUGCAAGGUGUGAGGUGCUGGGUGAUUGGCUUUUUGUUGUUCUUUUGUUUGUUUUCUGCUGGGGCCACAGCCCCCUUACCUGUUUUCCCACCUAAGCCUGACAAAAAGAAUUCAAAGGGAGGCAUUUUGCUUAUUUAGCACUCCCAACGUGAUCAUUUCAUCUUCUGUCACUUGUACAGGGCCUUGUGAAGUUCAAGAACAUUGAAAUGAUCUGAUUUACAUCGGAAGAAUAAAAAUAGCACUUAUUUGCAAAGUUUUUUUUCACUUUUGGAGUCCAAUAUUAAAAAAAAAAAUAAAUAAAAGGGCAUUUCAGAAAUUCAAAGUAUGAUGUGCAAUAGAGAAACCUCCUUGCUCUUUUGGUUUAUUUUUUUUGGAUAAAAAAAAAUAAAAAUUCAGCCAACUGUAGUGUUUUCAGCCCAAGUACUGGGCUGGUCUAAGAGAACCAGCAAGUGAAGCUGACAGUAGCCUGUGGGGACAUGCAUGAUGAAGCUCAGGUCAGAUGAUGGGCUGGCUCGGGUUGUGCCAGAGCCUCCUGCCACCUCGAACUGGGUCAGCAGCACUGGUGAGAGAUGUUUUUGUGUGCUCUGGUUUUAAUUAGUUUGCAAAGUUUAAGGAAAAAAAAAAAAAGAUGCUAGGAGGAGAGACAUUCUGCAGCAUGCAAGCCUGUGGAGUUGUUGCUGAGUCAAAACUUGGUGAAUUUGGGAGGGAUUUGGGAGGGAGAGGGGCUUAGUGCAUUCCUGUCCUUUUGUAACCACCAGGGAGCUGGCUGUGCAGAACGCUUCCUCUGCACGCAUGCUGCUUGUUCACCCCUAGCACAUCUCUCCUGAGGCUUCCUUUUGCCUUUCAGCACCAGCACAGUGACUUUUUUUAAUGCUUCUGGAGCCUUUAUUUGGCCUUUCAGCACGCAGAAGUCAGCUGUGGUAGGAAUAAGCUCUCAUGGGAGGGAAACAUUGUAAGCUGCUCCCAGAGGUGGGUGCCGUGGGGCAGUACUGAGGGCUGGAGCUGUGAGGGGUGAGAGGCUCAGCCACUGGAAAUAAUCUGGGCUGGUCAAGCAAUUCGCAGUACAGAAAAGGGAAUACAAGAAGGGGUGGGGGUGAGGAGGAGCUGUGACUACAAGGAGGGAUGCUGCAGCCUAACGAGAGCCAAUGCCUUCAUGACCAGGUUUUAAGGGAGCUUGUGCUUUUUCUAGAUGUAGGAGGUACCAGCAGGCUUGCUGUAUAAAAACAUUAUUGUACAACUAGACUCACACUGAAAUCUCCUUGCUGACCUUCUUAGAGCAUCCUUGCAAAACCUGGUUUUACUGUUUUGGUAGCAGUUCUUUUACAAAAUCUGCCUUUUUACUCUCUCCAGAUUAUCUAAUUAAAUCAAUUUCACUCUCUGGUUUCUGUAUAUAAAUGCAAUAAAUCCCAUCCAUUUUCCACAUCUGCCUCACCCCAGCCUCAGCCUUUCAGUCCUUCCCAGGGAACCACGUAUUGAACUUGUUCUUUGUGAAAACCUUUGCUUGCAGAAAACGUUUAUUCUCUAUGAAAUGCUUUGAAAGUGCAGAGAGGUUUCCUAGAGCUGGCUUCAUUUUAAUGCGUAUUUUUAUACAGGAAAUAAGCCCUCUUCCAGUCCUUCAUCCCCUCCUACACCAGGACAGAGCACGACAUUUCCCACACUUCAGGGCCCUGUGUUCAGCACUGCUUCCAAACUCGACCCGCUGCAGGUUAUGUACGGAUCUACAUGCCCGCCAGAGUGGGCUCUCCUGAUGCUUUUGCAUUUGCUUUCCGUAGGCUGUGCUUUUGCUUCUGUCCUGGGGUAAGCAAGGACAGAGGCAACUGAGCUGUGCUGGAAGAUGUUUUAGUUCUGGUUCUCAACUUUGCUUCAUUCAGACAGAAAACAAAGCCAAGUUGUCUGUGAGGCAGACAUCCUAUGAUGCAGUGGGUAGACUGCUGGUAGUUGCUGAUGCAAAUGCAAGGGGAGCUUGAUUGCCUUUGGUGCAUUAAUCUUUUCUUCUUUCCUGUAUGUGUUUUUUUUUUUUUUUUUUUUUAUCUGAAUUGCACCACUAUGGAAUUAUUUGCGGAAUGGUACUCCAUAUGUAUGUGGGAUUUGAAAUCAGAACCAUAAUUGAUGGUGUGCAGGAUGUCACUCAAUCAGUUUUAUUUUGCUUUAUUUUAUAUAUAUUUUCUGGUAUCCUGUACAUUGCAGUGGGUGUGAAGAUAGUAUUUUAAUAUUUGUACAAAGUUUAAUUUAAUUGUUCUAUGUAUAUAACUGCAUUUCUAAAUUAAAAAAAAAAAAAGUUCUUUUGAAGUGAA